UUCUUCAUCAACUGCUAGGCCAAGUAAAGGCAAUUUCGUGUUAAUGCAAUCUGUAUCUUAGUUGUAUAUAUCAAAUGGCUUUUUCCUAUGCCACCUUCUACGAAGCCCCUCAAAAAAAUCCAAUCGUUCUAUACAUAGUAUUAUCCACCAAUCUUUUUUUCCAAAACACCAUUGCCUUCUCUUAGAAUCAAUUUAAUUUUUAAUCCCCAUACAAUACAAAAAAAUUGAAAUUAGUUACAAAUGCGUCGUUGAAUUGCUCGUAGCUAACAGUUUUUUUUUUUAUGAUUUGUUGCUCAUUCAUCUUUAAAUAAGAGUAACAACGGAGUUUUCUAUAUAGCUACAAAAUUUGUCCUUCACUAAUUACUGUUAUUUUUGUAGUGUCCUAUUUCCAAUGGAAACCGCAAGGCUGAAAUUUUAUGAUUUUUUGCCUCUUAUGGCUGAAAAAUUAGGUGGAGAUGGUUUGAUAAAUGAGAUGUGUAAUGGUUUUCAAUUAUUAAUGAACAAAGAUAAAGGGGUCAUCACAUUUGAGAGCCUUAAGAAGAAUUCUGCUUUGAUGGGGCUUCAAGAUUUGAAAGAUGAUGAUCUUUGGAGUAUGAUUAAAGAAGGUGAUUUUGAUGGAGAUGGAGUUCUCAAUCAGAUGGAAUUUUGUGUGUUGAUGUUUAGAUUGAGUCCUAAGUUAAUGGAUCAGUUCAACUUUUUAUUAGAAGAGGCUCUACAAAAUGACUUCAAAGAUUGUGACUUUGCAUUGUAAUUUUUUCUUUUCUUUUUACCUAUUUUUCUAAUGAGACCUUUACAUUGUUGGCCCACAUUUUUAAAUUUUGUUCUAUUUAGCCCAUUUUGAUAUAAUUUGGAAUACUUAGGGAAAAUACAAUACUUUUUUCGUC